AUGGUUGACAAGAAGAAUGAUGAAGGCAAGAUGCCCAUUGAACUCAAAAAUGUGAUUGAUAAACUUUGGGAUUUCAAAAAUAGAGGCAUAUCAAUUAAUUGCAGUAUUGAGAAUUCAUUGGAGUUCAAAAACCCAUACCUUCUCGAAAAAAUCAUGCGUGUUUUUGAGAUAAACCAACCAAAUUUAUCUAAAUGCGAUAGUGAUAAAGAAUAA